AUGUCGAACGGACGCGGACGAAGCUUGAUAUGGCGCCUGAUGGCUGCCUUUGAACCCGAGGAGCCGGACUAUCCCCGUCUUUCCUCCCACCCCAACGCCCUGGGUUACCCUCCUAUCCCUCAUCCGAAUGCACAGGAAGAAGACGUUUACCAGCAAAGUUACCCAACCAGUUACCAAAAAAGUCCCGAACAAAGUCGCGAUCCAAGCCACAGUGACCCGCGAGCCCACCGCAUCAAUGUGGCUACAACAAAUGCCGGUUCCCUCAUUCCACCGGGCGACAAGCUCCUCGUUUUUCGCGCUCUGACAGGAAUCGAUAGCGUCCCUGCGCUGACAAUACCCCACCACAACCCUCGCACUGCAGUCAAUGUCGGUAUCUACGCCCGCGUCGUGAGCGCCGAGCAAAAGGUCGCGAAGCGAUAUCGCUUUUUCAGCAUCCUCAUCAACACAUGUCUGGGAAUCCAGAUCGUGGUCGCCGCCGCAUUGACUGCCCUAGGCGCCGCGAGUGGUCCACACUCGGCCGUCACGGCGUUUGGUGCGAUAAACACAAUCAUGGCUGGUAUUCUGACCUACCUAAAGGGGUCGGGACUGCCGGAUCGUCUUAAGCACUACCAGAACGAAUGGCGAAAUAUCCGAGAAUACAUCGAGCAGCGAGAACGAGAAUUUUGUUUGGACGGAUGUCUACUGGACGUGCAGGAGGAAAUACAAAUCGUCGAGAGCAUGUAUGAGGGCGUCAAGCGCGAGAUCGAAGCUACAAAGAGUGGUGAACAUAGCAAUAAUUCUGGUGGAAGCAAUCGACGGGCCUUCUUCCCGACUUCUCACAAUGCGCAACCGAAUGCUCCUCAACGGGGCGAAUCGCACAGCCCAAUAUCAGUCCCGGAACCGUCGUUAGAAAAGCAUUGA